UUUGGUUCUCUUUUUACUUCGAUCUUGUAGUAUUUAUAUAUAUAGAUUUAUUUGAGUGUAUGUAUAUUAUUCUAUUUCUCAUUGUUAAUUCUGUAUACAUUGCCCAAAUAUGAAUGAAUUUAAACGAAUGAACUCAAAAUAACCGAUGGAAAAAUGAACGAAUCUGUGAGUAAUUAUCUAUUGCUUUAGAAUUUGUUUAGUUUACUAUUUACUGAUUGGUUGUCUGAAAUAGUCAGUUCACCAUAUACGAGGACAUUGAUUAUGUAAAACAAAAUAUUUUGAUCAUAAUUAUUAUUAUAGUAAAAAAAAUAGUAUGUCGUAAUCCAUUCCUUCAUUGCAUUAAUUUAGAGAAGAAAUAAAAUGAAGUAAUCCUAUUCAUCCUCAUUCGAUGAGACAUAAAAAACCAUAAAAAAACUACUUUUGUAGAGAAUUCUUUAUUCAAAUCUAUUCCAUUUAGUAUUCAAUGCUUUGAGAUAUUAGUUAGAAAUUGUGAUCAUUUCAUAUGAAAAGUAUGCCACUUACACAGAAUUCAUUAAAUGAAGCAAUCGAUACAGUACAAAUAAAUGAUGAUCAAAUGACAGAAAUGGUUUGGUUUAAAAGUUCAGUAGUUAAAAUUGUAUUAUUUGUACUUGGAGCAAUUUUACUAUGUUCCAUUGUGUUGAUACUUUUAGCCACAGCUUUAACACAUACAGCAUGGUUUCUUCGAAGAAGACGUUCUAUUCAUAAACGAUUAGAUUCAUCAAAUAGAUCAAAAUUAGAAAUGAAAGAUUAUAUGUUACAUUAUUUCUGUUUUGCUGUCGAAGCGCUUGCAAUAAACUCUGUAAAUGAUAGUGAAACUUCGUUAAAACAUACAAAAUUUUUCGCUCACAAAAAAAGUGAAAAUUCCUAUGAACAACCAUCAUUACCUUUACGAUUUCAACCUGAAAAACUAUAUGGAACGACAACAGUAUUGCACAAAGAUAGAAGUCGAAAAGGAAGUUGUAUUAAUUUACCAUUUCACCCACAAGAAAAUCAGUUUAGAAAGAAGUCUAUGUUUGAUAGUUUUGUAUUUUCUGAUCAGAGGAGAUAUUCUAAGCCGCUGGAUUCAAAUAGCUUGUUAAGAAGCAACCUCUCUAUCCAUCACUCUCAUUUAGCCGGUAGUGAGAAAAAUUCUUCUGAAUUAAUCAAGUCAGUAAUAGCUUCGAAGUUGGAACCACAGGAUAUUCCACAACAUUUUUCAAUUUUGUCUAAUCAAUCUUCUCUCGAUCGAAAUAGUAGUCGUAAAACAUCAGUAUCAACUGAUGAUACAAAGUGCUGUGCUCCAAAUGAAGGGGAUAUAUGUCUUGCUGUCCCCAUAGUUACACGUAGAGCUUCAGCAACGGACUAUGAGCUUCUCGAUAGUCGUUUAGGUAAAUCUAAAAGAUUGUUAGAUACUCCGAUAUCCAUAACUGUGACUGACACUCAAGCUGAGCUAGAUGGUAACCUAAACUUAAAAAAUGAUGAUAUACAUACAUUGAGUACUCCAGGGUUAUUUUUAGAAGACCAAAAGUUUACUCGUCGAAACAGCUUUCUGUCUUAUUCUACAGCUGUCGAGGUCAAUGGCAAAGAGGAACAAGAACCUACUGAUGAUGAUAAGCAUUUUCAUCCAUCUGCUGAAAUACAAAACAAGAUAGUAAGCUCAUCUUCGUUUUUCAGUGGACUGCAAACAAACGAGUCUAUAUUACUGGAUACGGAUACUGAUAAACAGAAAAUUAUGUAUAAACGACUUCCACCUGUUAUCACUUAUGACUGGAUCAAAUUCCCUGCUGGGAUUAUGGCUAUCGGUGUAAAGUAUUCUUCACAUGUUAGUAGUAAUCAAGAUCAAAUCUUAGUCACACUGCACACAGGUAAAAAUCUGCUAUCUCCUCGCUUAUGGCAUAAAACAAUUUUUUGUGUUUACUGUACUAUAUCUAAUAAAGAAAUUACUCAAACAUUCACUGUUCACAGUAAGGAAACCGAAUUCGGUUGUCCACAGUUUUUAAAUCAUAAUGAGAUUUCAAUGAAUAUACCAGUAAGAAGAUGUUCAAUCUUAACUGGAGCACAUGAUAUUGAAGCACCAAAACUACAUAUAAAAUUGAAAAUUUUCGAAUCCAUUCCUAAGUGGUCUGGUGAUAAAGAAUAUUAUCACGGAUCUUGUAGUAUGUCAACAGAAGAACUUUCGAACGGUCAAAAGGAAUUUGAACACAUCGGAUGGUGUCUAGUUGAAGAAGCUUAUCCAGCAAUACGUUUAUCAGGUGAUAUGUUAAUUUCAAUAUGUCGUAAUCAAAGCAAAGGAUUUGUUAAUAUUCGAAUACAUGAAAUAAGAAAUUUACAAUUUCUUUCAUAUGGAAGAUGGAGAAUUGAAAACUUGAACGAUGCGUUAAAUAACAGAGCUUAUGAAAUGACAGUAUAUAGCUGUUUGAUUAAUGCUGGCCAUAUAAUUAAGUCAAUCAAGGCAACAACAAUCCAUCAUCCUUCUCGAAGAACUUCAAAACAUUAUGAAAAAACAGAUGUAGACAAAUCAACAGAAAACAAGCUAUGCGAAGCAAAAACUACUGAGACAAAAUCUAACAACUUCACACUGGUUGAUUGUUUUGUUCACUUUAGUCUACCUACAGUAAAAAAAUCCGUUGGUAGACAUUUAGCAGUUAAACAUGGUAUAACGAUAUACGUAAAAGGUAAACUACCGAUUUCAGAUUUAAUACCUUAUGAAUGCUUGAAUCAACUUAAACAAAUGUCAAUUACUAGUACACGUGUAUUAAAUGCUAUUGGUGAAUGCCAUUUUGGUGAUUAUGGCUUCCAGAGUGAUUCAAUUAAAGAUUUUAACAGACCACCUUCAUGCCAUUCUAGUCAAGGCUUUUCAUUUUGGAAUGACGCAGGUUCGCGUAAUGGAACUCGUAUAUACCAGUGGUUACGUAUUGAAUGAUGAUCAUAAAUACUACGCUUUUAAUGUAAUUCAGUUAAAGAAUCCAGUGCAGCAUUCUUUGAACUGUACAAUUUUGAAUGUCAUAAUUAUUCAGCAACUUACAACUCACUUCAUUUCAACAAGUGUCGUCUAUUUUUCAACUUAAAUUAAGAGACCUCCUGAGUAAUCAGAAAUUAUUCUUUUCAAGGAUAUAUUUAAGUAAUUAAAUGUGUUUGUCUUAUGAAGCAGAACUCGUUAAUCAUUAAUGUAAUAAUGUCAUCGAUCGUGUCAUUGAUCACAGAAACAUACCUAAACUUCAUCAACAUUCCAUUGAAAAGCAGUAACAAUUAGUUUCUUUAAAAUUAUUUUAUUCAUUCAUUUACAAUACGUUCCCAUUUAUUCACUUGUCAGUAAUAUGCCAUAGUGAUUAAUAUUGUCUUGUCUAACAAUUUUGAGAAAAAGUAUCUCGUAUGUGUUGUUUGCUUCAUCAAAGGAAAUAAACUCACUACUAAAAUAAUAAACGUUUUUCUUGGUAGAAAUGUAAGAAAAAACUAUUUUAUUUUGCAAAAACCACAUGAAAAACUCUAUGUUCAGUUCUUUAUCAAAAUGAUAUGAUAAGUAUCAAAACCAUUAUCAAGAUAAAUGGCAUGCUGUGACGUUGAACAAUGUCAUUACUUCUUACGUCAUUAUUAUGUUACAAACAAGAUUGGAUCACCAAGAUUCUUAUAUAUACUAAAUUAAUGACAUAAAUAAAUUUUAUACAUCCUAAGUUAUGGUUUCCACCUAAAAAGCUAAAUGACAAAUUUGCUGGUGGUUUAAUAAUUCCAAUAGAUUUUAUAAUGAUAGUUCUUGAUCUAUUUGAUUGAGGAUUUUUUAAAAAAUGUAAAUUAUUUUAACGAGGCAAAGUACAAACUUGAAAUAUUCACUGCUGAAGUAUCCUAAUAACACAUGAAACAGGUUAUUAUUUACUCUUAGGAUGAAAUACGUUGACUAAUAGUGACUUUUGACUAUUUUUAAAUUUCACCUUAUUCUAGAUCUUUGACAAAAGACACUGUACAUCAAUUAGUGUUGGGAAAUUGAAAAUAUCAGAAGGGGUUUUGUGAUGAUUUUAAAAAUGUCAAUAGUUGAAACCAUGAGUCAAUUGAAGCUAGACCA